CCAAGGACAGACGCUGCGCCGCGAGCGUCGCAUCAGUGUAAUCACUUCACCGAUGAGCAGAGCGCGCAGCCCACGGAUGUCGGUGACAGCGAUACCAACACACACUCACACUGGACAGACGACCGGCGAACUGCUUAAAUUUUCUCCAAGUCAACGCCACGGACUAGCGUUAGUUAUUAAGGUUCUGGAUAAGACAAUGAAGGUAGUUUUUUGAACGAGUUUUAUCGCCAUAUGCGGCAUUUGACGACAACUGAUAACGGGAAUUCCGACGCAUUGCACGUUACGAUUUAUAGCGCCAAUUCCAGCAGGCGCGUGACUCAAGCCGUACGGUUACCGGGCGGGUGAACUCCGUGAUUCCCACCACGAGCCGGUGCUGGACAAGCCGACCCGCCAACCGGGAGAAGAGCGAGCGGGAAACGCCGUGUUUGUUUGGCUGUUGUUGGUCGGUGGCGCGAGGAGCAAUGCGUGUGUUUCUGCUGGCGGUGCUCCUCUCGUGCUCCUGCGCGCGGGCCGGCUGCGAGCCGAAGAUAGUGAACAUCGGGGCCGUCCUGAGCCAGAAGAGGUACGAGCAGGUCUUCAAAGAAGCCGUGACCUCGGCCAACCAGAUAUACGGCCGGGACAAAUUCAAGCUCACCGCCAUCUCCGUAACGCAUAAACCCAACGCCAUCCAGAUGGCCCUCUCCGUCUGCGAAGAUCUCAUCUCCAGCCAGGUGUAUGCCAUCCUGGUGAGCCACCCGCCCCAGUCCAACGACCACCUGACGCCCACCCCCGUCUCCUACACCGCCGGCUUCUACCGCAUCCCCGUGGUUGGCCUCACCACACGCAUGUCCAUCUACUCUGACAAGAGCAUCCAUCUGUCCUUCCUCCGGACGGUGCCCCCGUACUCCCACCAGGCCCACGUGUGGUUCGACAUGAUGCGGGAGUUUCGCUGGAACCACAUCAUCCUCAUCGUCAGCGACGACCACGAGGGGAGGGCCGCCCAGAAGAGACUGGAGACUCUUCUGGAGGAGAGGGAGACCAAGAAUAAAAAAAGGAACUAUGAAAACCUCGACCAACUGUCCUAUGACAACAAGCGAGGACCCAAGGCAGAGAAAGUCCUCCAGUUCAGCCAGGAGACUAACUUAACGGCCCUGCUGUUGGAGGCCAAGGAGCUGGAGGCCCGCGUCAUCAUCCUCUCCGCCAGUGAGGAGGACGCGGCGGCGGUCUACAAAGCCGCGCGUCUCCUCAACAUGACGGGCUCUGGCUACGUUUGGCUGGUGGGCGAACGCGAGAUGUCGGGUAAAGCCCUGAGCGAGGCGCCAGACGGUCUCAUCGGCCUCCAGCUUAUCAACGGGAAGAACGAGUCGGCGCACAUCGCCGACGCGGUGGCGGUGGUGGCUCAGUCCAUCCAGGAGCUGUUUGAGAAGGAGAACAUCACAGAGCCCCCUAGAGGCUGCGUUGGGAACACCAACAUCUGGAAGACGGGGCCGCUGUUUAAACGAGUACUGAUGUCUUCCAAGUACCCAGAAGGCCUCACAGGAAGAGUGGAGUUCAACGAUGACGGCGACAGGAAAUACGCUCACUACAGCAUCCUGAACUACCAGAAUCGCCGUCUCAUUCAAGUCGGCAUCUACAAUGGAACGCAGGUGGUGAUGAACAACCAGAGAAAGAUCAUCUGGCCUGGAGGAGAGACAGAGAAACCCAGAGGCUUCCAGAUGUCCACUCGUCUAAAGAUCGUGACCAUCCAUCAGGAGCCCUUUGUGUACGUGAAGCCCACCAGUCUGGACGGCACGUGUAAGGAGGAGAUGACAUUAAACGGGGUGUUAAUUAAAAAGGUGAUCUGCACUGGGCCCAAUGAAACCAUCCCAGGUAACACAACAGGACGCCCAAUCGUACCGCAAUGUUGUUACGGGUUCUGUGUCGACCUGCUGAUCAAGCUGGCGAUGACCAUGAACUUCACCUACGAAGUUCACCUGGUGGCUGAUGGGAAAUUUGGAACGCAAGAGCGGGUGAAUAACAGCAACAAGAAGGAGUGGAACGGCAUGAUGGGGGAGCUGCUGGGCGGGCUGGCAGACAUGAUCGUGGCCCCGCUCACCAUCAACAACGAAAGGGCCCAGUACAUAGAGUUCUCAAAGCCCUUCAAAUACCAGGGCCUCACCAUCCUUGUUAAAAAGGAAAUACCGCGCAGUACGCUGGACUCGUUCAUGCAGCCGUUCCAGAGCACACUGUGGCUACUGGUGGGUCUGUCGGUGCAUGUGGUGGCGGUGAUGCUUUACCUACUAGACCGGUUCAGCCCGUUUGGAAGGUUUAAAGUGAAUAGUGAAGAGGAAGAAGAAGACGCCCUCACCUUAUCGUCUGCCAUGUGGUUCUCCUGGGGAGUGUUGCUGAAUUCUGGAAUAGGAGAAGGAGCACCGAGGAGCUUCUCAGCGAGAAUCCUUGGUAUGGUGUGGGCCGGAUUUGCCAUGAUAAUAGUGGCUUCCUAUACUGCCAACCUGGCUGCCUUCCUGGUGCUGGACCGGCCUGAGGAGCGCAUCACCGGCAUCAAUGACCCGAGACUGAGGAACCCCUCGGAUAAGUUCAUCUACGCCACGGUGAAGCAGAGCUCUGUGGACAUCUAUUUCCGGCGGCAGGUGGAGCUUAGUACCAUGUACCGCCACAUGGAGAAGCACAACUAUGAGAGUGCCGCCGAGGCCAUCCAGGCCGUGCGUGACAACAAGCUGCAUGCUUUCAUCUGGGACUCAGCGGUGCUGGAGUUCGAGGCCUCGCAGAAGUGCGACCUGGUGACGACGGGGGAGCUGUUCUUCCGUUCGGGCUUUGGCAUAGGCAUGCGAAAGGACAGCCCCUGGAAACAGAAUGUGUCCCUGGCCAUUCUCAGUUCUCAUGAGAACGGCUUCAUGGAGGACCUUGAUAAAACCUGGGUGAGGUACCAGGAGUGUGACUCAAGGAGCAAUGCACCAGCCACACUGACCUUUGAAAACAUGGCAGGGGUCUUCAUGCUGGUGGCUGGCGGGAUUGCUGCAGGGAUCUUCCUAAUCUUCAUUGAAAUUGCCUACAAGCGUCAUAAAGAUGCCCGCAGGAAGCAGAUGCAGCUCGCCUUUGCGGCAGUCAAUGUAUGGAGGAAGAACCUGCAGGAGAGUAAGGAUACUUCUGGAAGCCAAGCGGCGGCGGGGACGCCCUCGUUAGUAUGUAACUAAUUAGUGUUGCUGAUUAGCAUAGAGAUACUCACUCAAUGACAUCGCCCCCCGCUGUAAAGCACAUCAGGUGAUAGAUUAAACCUAACUGGCCGCCCGGAAAUGGUGGAAGUGAGACUGUAAAUAGUAAACUAUUAAUAGACCUCCCACGGCAUGAACUAGUGGUUCUAUGCUAAGGCUGCUCCUGCUUUACCGCUUUGUAAGGUGAACUGACGUGGACACAAAGCACAUGGAUAGGGGCACAUUGGCAUGGACAUCAUGCUGAUAAUAAUAACAACAACUAACGCUUGGAUUCACCCGUGCUUUCAUGGCAUACAAUAUGAUGCUUUCAUUGAUUUCCCCAAGCAGCACAAACACAAACAAACAAAUAGAGCAUAAUGAUUUUAAUCAAUGCCCCCGCUGGAGCGACUCUGCGUUGAACCCUGCAUUAAUCUCGUUGUGAAAUACCAAGCUAUCGCGCACACAGCAAGCCUUCCUACUGUCAUCGCCUAUCCUCCUCCAUCCACAACCGUGUUCAUGACGCCCCCCUAAAGCUAAACAACCAAACCCACUAAAAUCUCCAGAUUCAACGGCUGAAUGCCAGGGGCCUUAUGCAACACGCAGGAUGCCGGAGGAGCUUACCAUCCUGGUCACAACUAACCCAGAACCAUCCAGACAGGGCUCAGAGUACCCAGACUCAAGACAACCCAUUUGCCCUUCAGCCCAAUGCUUCAGGAAGCUCUGAAGCAUUGGGGGAGGAGGUGCACCUCCCCCCCCCUCCAGUCCUCCCACACCCCCUGGGUCUGUUCCUGGGUCCUUCUUGGCUCGGAGACAUGCUCAGGGGGAGUGGGACGAACCGGGGAUUGAACAAGCAGUGGGCUCGCCGUGUGGAGAGGCCAUAGAGUCACCAUGAGCCUGUGAUGCGGCACCACACUGGCUCCUUUGGUAAGCCCUGACAAGGGCCCAGUGGUCGGCCGGCCACUGCCGAAUGGCCAAACAGCAGGGCAGGAGACGGCUGCAGGAUCUAAGAUCACAGGCUCUUGUUGUCCGUCAGCAAGAACCCCCUUAUAUGGAACCUGCCAUCGUCUCGCCCAGCCUGGGGCUUUUGUGUGCGUAUGUGUGUUUGUGUGUCAGACAGAUGCGGGUUCGCUGGGAACACACAAACCAACAGCUGGUUCAGAGGCUUGAAAUGAGGCGGGAGUGGCAACACGACUCCCCCUGCAUCUCGUUUGACACCUUUUAUAAGAAAAGAGCAAGUAGCAUCGCUCGGCAAGGUGGACCAAUAACUACCUACGUAUGAGAGAUGUUAAACGUUAUGCAACACAUUUGACCGGGAUCACGUAUUCGUCUCCCCUACCGUGCAUCGAUCGGGUUGGAGAACGGGCCCAAACCAGUGCUUCCAGAUUGUUGGGCUGCGUGUAACGUGUUAUUCACAGUUAUCCACACAGCUCAGCUACUCGCUCUAUCGUUACUGAGCGCAUUAAUCCAAUUAUUCACGGGAGUGCUGAACAGUGUCUGAGAUGGGUUCUGACACUUGGGGGCUGCGUGCUGCAGAUAUAAUGGCCGAUUUAAGUCAUGUUGACCGCCCCUUUCUAAGACGCUGCUUCUACUCGGGACUCUUGCUAAUUCCCCUGCAGCAUCGCUUUCUCCCAGAUGCCUAAUUAACACUGACCACGCUAUCUAUUCAUUUUAGACACACAUCGUCCUUUUUUGCGAAUCAAAAUGUCACCUAGUAUGGGGAUACACACCAGAGAAGCCUGCAUCUAGUAGAACCCUAAUACUGAGGUUGAAAUAAGACCAACCCGCAGACACACAAAAACACACACACACACAAACACACACACACACACACACACACAAAAGCAUACGCGCACGCUCACACAGACCCAUGCACACAUAUACUGCGCAUUCAUGCGGGUAUGAGGAUGAUAAUUAUGUGGCCAUCUGCUUACUGCAUUACGAGGUACAGUAAGCAGUGCUUAUCCAUCCUUACACAGUAUAAAUUAGCAGUAGAAGAAUGCACACUGCUGGAUAACCCAAAUCGAACCACCCUAAGCCGGUCUGGAAAUAACACUCUUUCAUUUCACUUGCCUCACCUUCUUUCAUCUGCUAAUCUCACUGCUUGUGAGGUGAAAGGAAGAUUCCGACACACGCUUGUGAUUGGUUCUAAAAUUCUAGCGAUGCUGUUGCCAUGGCAUCACUAGCACACCUCUUCCUCUGGAGGGAUGUAGUGGAGAAUCAGCGUCAUCGAUUUUAGAAGACGUUGCGAUUAAUUCAGUGCAAACAGUUAUCUACAAAUAUAUUCUGUGGGCUCAUUGUUACUCUCCAUUCUAUGAGGGGCUAUGUAUCUCAGAGUGUCGUGUGAUGUUGUCCUCCAAAUACAACAUGUAGUUGAAGAUGAUAACCUUUUACUGAAAUUAAAAUGUCCCUAUUUCCAUUUUAAAAGACCACUACAUCCCUACCGGGAGGCUCUGCUGGCAUUUGGCUUUUUCACAGUUUAAACACGUUUAUUCAGAGUUGGCUUGCCUGCAAAGUUCCAUAGAGCAAUGAGGAUGAAGAUGAUGGUGAUGAUGAUGAUGCUCAGAGAGCUUCAGACCACGCUUCAUCUUUUAGUGUGACAUAGCAUGGCCUGCAUGGCCGCGCCAGGCAAGACAUCGGCAGAUGUCAAGUGAGCUUUAAAGCAAAUCACAAAAAAUGGAAUAAAAUAUAUAUUGAAUAUUAAAUAACAAGGCAUUGAUUGUUUAACUAUCAUGAACCAUUUUAAACACGGUGUUAAAAAGGUUUGAACAUCUGAAAAUUUACUAACACGAAUUGUCAUCUUCCAACAGGAUCACAAAAACAAUGGUUUAGAUAUUAAUUCCUGUGUCACACCCAUCCCUGAUUGGCCCUUGGCCUUCAAUUAAUCUCUAUGACAACCAGUUGAUUCUCACAUCCUGACGCUGCAUCACCGAGAGGUUGAGAAACAAUGGGGGAGUUGGUCGGCACGGCGACAAGGGGGGUUCUCUUUAGACAGUGACCCGGACGACAAGCCCGGGGACCUGAUGAGAGAACUCCAUACUGGGAGGGGGGCGGGGCCCGGCGGGCCCCCGACAGGCAAUUGGUCGAAGACAUUCUUUGUUCUAUGUUGACUUACCCCUCUGCUUUUUGUUCUUGGUUCGUUUUAUUUUUUUGUUUAGACUAUUUGGUUGUUCUGUCGACUAUUUCCGUUGACUAAUCCCUACUUAUACCUCUCCCCCCAUCCAUGUCCUUUUGGCUGAUUGAAAUUCACACCGCACUGCCCCUGCCCUCCCACACACCUGACCCUCUCUCAUCCCCAUGGUGCCUUCCCCCACCUCCUCAUCUGAUUCUCACUGCUCUUGUUAUAGAUGCUCGACACGUCCUUGCGUAACAGUAAGAUUGACAUGUACAUACCCGCCCACAUUUCAUCUCCCAUUGCUGUUAAGUCCUUUUACGGCGCUUUUAUCCCAUUUUUGUUUUGUAGAAACAUAUCACUAAUGAGCAGGUAAGGGUUAGGCAUCGUGCUCAAUGAUGCCUAUACCAGUCACAAUGCGGACAUUGGGGCUUUGAACCCAGAACCUCUGGUCUGGGAGUCAAACCCGCUAGCUGCCUAGGCUAAUCCAUGCUCCCCCUCUUCCCCUACCAUCCCACCCCUGGUGUGUGGUGUGAAUUUCCGUUAUACCCGCUGUGGUAUAAUGACUUUAAAUGGGCUUUAAUUGAUGACCUAAUUAAUUGUUGCUGCUGUUGUUAUUUUGGCCUUUUCAGUGUAUUUCUUAGUGGCUCUGGAAGCUAUGCAUCACUGCCUGGCUGUGGAUGUUUACGUUUGCUUUGCUAGCCUUUUUUUAUAUACAUAUUUAUUUCUUAUAUAUAUAUAUAAAUAUAUAUAUAUAAUUGCCCUUUUUGGUUCCCUUGGCUUCUGCAUAAGGAUCUUUAAAGUAUAACGAUCUAAAACAAGUGGAUGCAUAUUUAUUUACUCUUCUUUUCUCUCUCUAUGCAGCCCUCUUCCUCUAUAGAGACACAGGAUGUAAGGAUACCUUAAUAUGCACCUUUUGAACACAAAUUGGCUUGGUGCUCUGAUGCUGGGGGUGGGAGAGAGAGUAGCUGUCGUACCCUCUG